AGCCUUCUAACUCGUCACUUCCCGUGGUUUCCUCGUCCUCGGAUUCACUUCCUGAAAUGGUGGACAAGGAAAAACUAUGAGAUAAACUCAGUAAGUAAAAUAUGGAGUGCCCAUUAUUAAAAUUAUAGCAUGCCAACAUGUGCAAUCACGCAAAACGGAUACAGUACGGAAACGAAAUAGACGUCUCCUCUAUAGGUCAUGGCCAGCGUCUAACACCCACUGGCAGGCGCACUGUUUGCUGGUGUAUAAUCCCCACAAGCAGGGUCACUAUUUGCUGGUGCAUAAUCCCCACAAGCAGGGUCACUGUUUGUUGGUGUAUAACCCCCACAAGCAGGGUCACUGUUUGCUGGAGUAUAACCCCCACAAGCAGGGUCACUGACGAACCAGUUCUAUCAAUAACAUGUCGACAGGUGCUAGUGUUUAUAACCUCCCCCACUAGUAGGGUCACGAAUAACAUAUCGACAUGUGCCGACAUGUACUAGUGUUUAUAACCUCCCCCACUAGCAGGGUCACGAAUAACAUAUCGACAUGUG